AUGACACCUGCAGACGCACCGCCGCCGAGCGGUGCUAAUACGCCGCGUCCGCCAUUUUUUGGCGCGCAUUUUCGACUCAAUUGGCGUCUCCCAUUGUUGCAAGCGCUCUCCAACCCAGUCCAGAUUACUAACACUAAUAACAUUUCGCAAGCACUGUUACCGGACUUCUCUAUGACUUCUAUGCAGGUGGAGGCAACAAAGAGCGAUACAAGUAGUUGGUUCAGUUGGGGUAAAUCCUCCUUAAUGAGACUCGCUGAAGCCGAAGCACGGCUUUUUGCGACGUUUGGUGCCCAGAUUCUCUCACGAUUUGUACCGAUUCGGUUCAAAGGCAGCGAUAUAUAUACUGUCACUGUAGAACCGACCCAAGAGAAGAAAUCUGAAGAGCCGGUUGUUUUGGUGCAUGGAUUCGGAGCUGGUGUAGCUGUAUGGAGUGCGAAUAUAACUUCGCUGGCCAAGCACAACGUUGUACAUGCAUUCGAUCUUCUGGGUUUUGGACGUUCUUCACGCCCACGCUUCAGCAAUGAUCCGACGUUGGCCGAGUUAGAAAUGGUGGAGUCCAUUGAAGAUUGGCGAAAGUCGAUGGGCAUAGAGAAGAUGUAUCUUGUCGCUCAUUCAUUUGGCGCCUACCUAGCGUCAUCCUAUGCUCUCGAGCAUCCUCAUCGUGUAAAGCAUCUUGUACUCGUUGAUCCAUGGGGAUUUCCAGAGAAGAUUGCACCAACAGAAAAACAGAUUACGCCGUAUCCAUGGAUGGUGUUUAUAGGAGGAGUACUGUCUUACUUCAAUCCCUUGGCCACACUGCGAGUUGCAGGGCCAUAUGGUCCCACAAUAGUGAAGAAGCUGCGCCCGGAUCUCUCUCUCCGGUAUAAAAGCGAAAACCCCGACGACAUCUACGAAUACUUAUACCACUGCAAUGCCCAGAAACCCACUGGGGAAACCGCAUUUAAAGGAAUGACUUUGCCGUUUGGAUGGGCGAAGCGUCCCAUGAUGAAAAGAUUCAAUGGUAUUGACGAUAGCGUUCCUGUGACAUUUAUUUACGGCAGUAAGAGUUGGAUAGAUCCUGGACCAGCGUUUGACAUUCAAGCGCAGAGAAAUGGAUACGUUGAUGUGCAGAUUAUUCGAAAGGCGACUUGGACAUCAUGUAUAUGCAGCCGCAACGCGAAGACGCUUUCAAAUGAAGUGGUAAUGUCGGAGAAGAAGGUGCUCACCGCUGACAAGGAGCUGUUUCUCCGGCAUGCGACAGUUCUUUAUGAGACAUGGAAUAAAGGUGAAGAUGGACUUGGUGAAGUAGAUGCAUUGGUGGUUUUAGUUGGUCAAGAUGAAGGAGCGGUACAGUACUCGAAAUCGAAAGCGUUCCAGAUAUGGAUGCUGAAUACGGAGCUGUUAGAUACACUGAUGUUAUUUACUAAAAAAGGAAUUUACGUCUUAGCAAGCAACCGGAAGGCAGAUUACUUCAACAGUGUGAAGUCGGAUGAAUUCAAUGGUAUUGACGAUAGCGUUCCUGUGACAUUUAUUUACGGCAGUAAGAGUUGGAUAGAUCCUGGACCAGCGUUUGACAUUCAAGCGCAGAGAAAUGGAUACGUUGAUGUGCAGAUUAUUCGAGGCGCUGGACAUCAUGUAUAUGCAGACGCACCAGACGCUUUCAAUGAAGUAGUCCGUUCAAUAGUUACAGGCGAGAAACUAUCGGAUGCAGCUAAAAUGAAAACCACUUCUGAAAAGCAAAUCGAAGAGGAAGAGGAAAAUAAAGGUGAAGAUGGACUUGGUGAAGUAGAUGCAUUGGUGGUUUUAGUUGGUCAAGAUGAAGGAGCGGUACAGUACUCGAAAUCGAAAGCGUUCCAGAUAUGGAUGCUGAAUACGGAGCUGUUAGAUACACUGAUGUUGUUUACUAAAAAAGGAAUUUACGUCUUAGCAAGCAACCGGAAGGCAGAUUACUUCAACAGUGUGAAGUCGGAUGAGUUUGUUGGAGUGGUGCCCCCAGUUACACCGAUUCAUAGAGACAAAUCUGACAAAGAUGCGGCCAAUUUCGCAAAGCUUUUGGGUCAUAUAAAAGAUGAUGCUGGAAAUAAGGUUGGCCAUUUCGCGAAGGACACAUUCGACUCGGAUUUUAGCAACGAUUGGCAGAAGGCAUUCGCUGAUGUAGAAAAGGUCUGCGCUUUUUCUAUUGUUCCUUGGCUUGGAAUCUUGCGUUGUACAUUUCGUUCGAAAGCAGCAAGCUUAUGCUUACGCCAUGAAAGUAUAACCGUUCAGGUGGACGUAUCUGGAGCUUUCGUUCACAUUUUCGCCGUCAAAGAUGAUCCUGAACUGGAAACUUGUCGAAGUUCAGCUACAGCUUCGGUAAAUGCAUGGAGUUACGCACGAAAGAAGUUCAUCGAGGCUAUUGAUCAAGAGAAGAAAGUAAAACACUCACGUCUUGCCAAUGAAAUUGAUGCCGAAAUAGGUUCAUUGAAAGUGCAGGGACAAUUAGCUAAGAACAAAACUAUUGAAACUUGCUAUAAUCCCAUCAUUAUGAGUGGUGGCAAUUAUUCACUCAAAUGGAGCACAGAGAGUAACGACAAACUUCUCCACUACGGUGUUAUUGUGACGUCACUUGGAGCUCGUCUUGAGAACUACUGUACUAAUCUGACUCGUACGUUGAUGGUGGAACCGUCCAAAAAUUUGGAAGAAGCGUACGAAGGUCUCCUUGCUACUCAAAUGGCAGUGAUAGAAGCGCUAAAACCUGGCGCGAAAUUGAGUGAUGUCUAUGCAGUGGGAGUGAAGACGUUCCGUGAGAAAUGUCCCAGUAUAGCUGAUAAUCUCUACAAAAAGGAUUUCGGAUUUGUUACUGGUAUUGAAUUUCGUGAAGGUGGUUUAACGAUCAGUCCAAAAUGUGAAGAGAAGGUUCGUGCUGGCAUGGUUUUCAUUGUGUCCGCAGGGGUUGAAAAUCUCACCAACACAAAAGCGAAAGACGACGCUGGAAAGAACGUCACAAUCGCUCUUUCUGAUACUGAAAACACUGAAGUGCUUGGACGGGGGAAGCGUAGCGUAGUGCUGUCGGAUCAGACACGAAAUAAAGCCACAAAUGAGGACAAACGAAAAGAGCACCAGAAGAUGUUGGCACAGCAGCUGAACGACGCUGCUCGUCAACGUCUUGCUCAAGCAAGUGGAUCAAGUGAAGCUAAGAAAAUCAAAAAAUCGAAUGUGUCAUACAAGUCCUACGACAAGUUCCCAGUAGACACAGAAAUCAAUAAACUCAAUAUUUAUGUUGACAAGCGCCACGAUACCAUCAUUCUACCCAUCUUUGGUAUACCGGUUCCUUUUCAUAUUUCUAUGAUAAAGAAUUGUUCUCAAUCCGUGGAAGGUGACUUUACAUAUCUGCGUAUCAACUUCGCUCAUCCUGGAUCGCAAAUUGGUAAAGAAUUGGCACAGUUCCCGAAUCCGCUCGCUACUUAUCUCAAAGAGCUCACGUAUAGGGCUAGUAACGUAAAAGAACACGGAGAAGUUGCUGCCCCAAGUAAUAAUUUGACUACCGCUUUCCGACUUAUUAAAGAGAUUCAGAAACGAUUCAGGACUGAAGAGGCAGAAGAGCGUGAAAAGGAAGGUGCUGUGAAGCAAGAUAAACUGAUUCUGAGUACUGCAAAAGCCAACCCUAAAUUGAAAGAUCUAUUUGUGCGGCCAAAUAUUAUCGCGAAACGUAUCUCGGGAUCGCUGGAAGCGCACAUAAAUGGUUUCCGUUACACGUCCCUUCGUGGAGAUCGAAUUGAUGUGCUCUACAAUAACAUCAAACACGCUUUCUUCCAACCGUGUGAUAAUGAAAUGAUCAUUCUGUUACACUUCCACCUAAAGCAUCCGGUACUAUGGGGAAAGAAGAAAUACAAAGAUAUUCAAUUCUAUACUGAAGUCGGUGAGAUCACUACGGAUCUUGGGAAAUACCAUCAUAUGCAGGAUCGUGAUGAUGUGCAAAGUGAACAGAUGGAACGCGAGAUGCGGCGAAAGUUGAACCAGACGUUCCAAAACUUCUGUGAUAAGGUGGUGAAACAGACUAACGACCAGUUCGACUUUGACGCUCCGUUUAGUGAGCUCGGUUUUCUUGGUCCACAUCGCUCCAGUUGCACUCUGAAACCUACCUCAUCGUGCCUGGUGAACCUCACGGAAUGGCCACCAUUCAUCGUAACUUUGGACGAAGUGGAGCUGGUACACUUCGAGCGUGUUUCUUUCCAACUGAGAAGAAUUUCGAUAUGUCGUAAAACUCAGAUGGUGCAGCAAAUUCCGAUGAGUAGUCUAGAUAGCGUAAAGGAAUGGCUGAAUACCAGUGAUUUGCGUUAUACUGAAGGAAUACAGUCUUUGAACUGGCCGAAGAUUAUGAAGACAAUUACGGAUGAUCCGGAAGAAUUCUUUGAAACUGGAGGAUGGAAUUUCCUUGCUAACGAUUCGGAUGCUGAUGCUGAGCCAGAGGAUGAAAGUGAAUCAGAAGAUGCGUACACACCUAGUGAGUCGGAAUCAGGUGAAGACGAAAGUGAUGAGGAUGAGAGUGAAGUUGAAGCAACAUCGGAGGAGAGUGAAGAAGAAGGUUCGCUAGAUUCCGAUGAAUCUGAAGGGAAAGACUGGUCAGAUUUGGAGGAGGAAGCGGCUCGAGCAGAUAAGCGAAGGGAUAUCGAAGAUGAAAGAGGUGGUGGCGAUAGGCGGCACAACGACAGGGACCGAGAUCGUAAAAGACAUCGCGAUAGGCACAGCGGCUCUAAAGGUGCUCCUCCUGCGAAAAGACAUAAGUGA